AUGACGCGCCCCAAGGUUCCCGACGACAAGCGCCAGCGCACGGCUCAAGCCUGCGAUUCUUGCAAGCGCCGGAAGCAAAAGGUUGGCUCCAUUGUCUCCAUUUUCUGUCGUUGCCUCUCCUCCUUGCAUACCUGCCUUCCUUCUCCGUCACCCGGGUGGGUAUUUCAAGGCCCAGUGGGUGCCCAUGUCAACCCUUCUGUCGUCAGAUCUCAGAAACUUGUCAGUGGCUUGCUAGAGCCUUACAGUUGUAUCCCCAUACUGCAAGAUGUCUGA